AUGUACUCCUCAGUUGUUAACAAAUCAACAGAACCUUGUCUUAUAUUACCAUCGUCUCUUGUUACAACAUCAUUAAUCUCAAAUAAUGAUAGAACACUUAUCAGUAAUAAUUCUACAUUAUCAUCACCACAAUCAUAUGGAAGAAGAGAAAAUAUAUUAACAUAUACAUCACAUUCAUCAUUAAAUAAUUCAAAUGAUUAUUAUACAAAAAAACGUAUUGAAGAAUUACAUGAACGUAUGGAUGAUAUUCAAAUAUCAAGUUUUUUAAAAUUUAUUAAUUAUCAUUUAUCAUUAAAAAGUGAUGAAAAAAAAAUUUUUAUAAAUAAUUUAUCAAAAGAUUUAUGUAAUGGACAUAUUUUAAUUGAUUUAAUUGAAAUAUUAUCAUCAACAAAAUUAAAACGUGAACAUGGUCAUACACGUUUUCAUGCAUUAACUAAUGUUCAAUAUGUUUUAGAUUAUUUAAAAGCACGUCUGCAACAUAUUGAUAUAUCACCAAAUGAUAUUGUAUCAGGAAAUCGUAAACAAAUAUUAGCAUUAUUAUGGAUUAUAAUGAGAACAUUUGAUUUUCCAGCAUUUCGUAUAACAAAUAAAAAUUGUUUUGUAGAAAAAACACUUUUAGGUUAUGGAGAAGAUCGUAGUAUUAUUAUAAAUUGGUUAAAUGAUAUUUUAAAUCAUAGUUUAAAUACAAAAGAAAUAUAUAUUAAAGAUUUUUAUAUUCAUACAUGGGAUAAUGGUUAUUAUUUAUCAAUAAUUAUUAAAUAUUUAAUACCAUUAAGUGAAAAUUAUUUAACAAAUCAAUGUUUUGAUUAUUUACAAGAAUUAAAUAAAUUAAAUUUAUAUGAUACACAACGUUUUCUAUUAUGUUUAAAUAUUUCAAAGUAUUGUUUUAAUACAGUAACAAUUAUUGAUUUGAAAGAUAAAACUGAAAAAUGUUUAUUUAAAUAUUUUACUGAAUUAAAACAAAAUAUUUUGAUUAUUUUCAAAACAAAUCAUAUUGGAAAAUUAAUUCAAAACAAUCCUUAUACUAAACAAGUACUUGAUACAGUCAUUCGAACAGGAACAGAACAUUCUUCACAUAUAAUUAAUAAUAAUGAAGAAUAUUUAAGUUGUAUUGAAGAUGAUCAUGAACAAAUAUCAACAGAAAAACAUAUAAAAUUACCUAUGGAUUCUAUAGGUCAUUUAACAACAUCAUCAUCAAAUAAUACUGAUGUAUCAUCAGAUUUACGAACAUUAGAAAGAUCAAGAUUAUUUUAUGAUGAACAACAAGAAGCAAAAUUACAACAAAAAAAUUCUUCGGAUAAAAUUGAGGAUUUAGAAAGUAACUUUUAUAAGGCAAAUGCUUAUAAUGAAAUGCCGAAAGAAGAACAGAUUCAAACGAUUAUCGAUCAAUCACAACAACUUAAUAGUUUAGGUGAAAAUUCACAACAAUUUGUAUCGUCAGUUAAACAAAGUGAACAAGAUACAAAUAAUUAUGUAGACGCAAAUCAAUCAAUAACUCCAAUUGAAGAUUCUAAACAAUUUCCAUCCACAAUUGAACAACCCUUAAUUGUUAAUAAUGAGACAAAAGAAACGAUCAUACCACAUAUUGAAAAUCAACUAAAUGCAAAAUCGGAACAAUCUAUAACUGAAAUACAAGAAUCAAAAUUGUUUUUUCCAUCAAAUGAAGAAGAGAAACAAUCUACAGAUGAUUAUGAACAGUCACAACAAAGUAUAAUAUUACAAAAAGAAAUUGAAGAAUCUACUGAAAACAAAGAUUCUACUAUUGCUACAAAUGAAACAUUAGAACAAUCUACUUUUACAAUCCCAGAAUCACCACAAUCUAUGGUAAUGAAUGAAAAUUUAGACCAAAUUAUAAUUGAAGAACCACAACAACAAUCUUUAACUUUAAACGAAGAAGAUAAACAAUCGAAUAAUGAAUAUGAAAAAUUAGAACAAAUUACAAUCGAAGAAUCAACAAACCAACCAAUAGUACCUACCGAUGAACCAAUAGAUCAACCAAUAAUACUCAUUGAAGAAGAUAAAAAACCAACAGUUGAUUAUGAACAAUCAGAACAAUUGACAAUGUCACAAAACGGAAUUGAACAGUCUAUUGAAAAUAAAAAUUCUAUUCAUACAGAUGAAACAUUAGAACAGCCUAUUUGUAUAAUCAAAGAAUCACCACAAUCUACAACAUUGAAUGAAAAUUUAGAGCAAAUUACAACGACAGAACCAAUAACAACAUCAAUUGAGGAACUACAACAACAAUGUAUAAGUUCAAACGAAGAAGAUAAACAAAUGAAAAAUGAAUAUGAGAAAUUAGAACAAACUUUAGCAUUAAUUAAAGAAAUUGAACAAUCAGUUAAUAAUGAAUCUUGUAUUACUGGUACUAACCAAUUAAGACUUAAAAUAGAAGAACAAGAAGAAUUUUUAAUAUCAAAUGAAAAUAUUAAACAGUCUAAUGUUGAAAUCGAACGAUCAGAACAAAUUGCUUUACCAAUUACUGAAAAUAUACCUUCCAUAAAUAUUAAUGAAAAAUCAGAACAACCUAUAAUUACAAUUGAAGGUCAAACAUAUUCACCAUUGAAUACAUCAAUUGAGGUAAAUUAUAUAUCCGCAAUUGAAUAUAAAAAAUUGGAAGAACCAAUUUCAAAUGAAGGUUCUAUUAUUACAAACCAUAAAUUAGAACAAGUUACAACUGAAGAACCAUUACAAUCAGUUAUAUCAAAUGAAGAAGCAUCAAUAAGAUUGGUUGAAAAUAAUCAUUCUAUUAUAACAGAUGAUCAAUUAGAACAAUCUACAACUAAUAAAUCAUUACAAAUGGUAUUAUCAAAUGAAGAAAAUACAAUAAAUAGUAUUAACAACGAACAUUCAGCUACAUCUAACGGAAAUUUAGAACAAUCUAUAAUUAAUAAUGAAGAAACAAAGCAAUGUACUAUUGAACCUGAAACAUCGAAAGACUCAUCAGUUCAAAUCGAAGAAUUCAUAGAAAUUAAACCUUCUACUAUGACAAAUAAUACAUCAGAACAAUCCGUAAAUAUCGAACCAACACAAUGCUCAUCAUCAGACAAAGAUCUUCAACAAACAGCAUCAACAAAUCUUAAUAAUUAUUCCAUUACAGUUGAUGAAAACUUAGAACAACAUACAACUCAACAAUCAUUACAAGACGAUGAAAUAUUAAAUGAAAAAACAUUUAUUGAAAAUAAUUCAUCGAUCAUAACAAAUAAAAAAUUAGAAAAACCUACAGUUGUAGAAUUACCACAACCUAUUACAAUAAAUGAAGAUAUUAAUAAAUCAACAAAUGAAAAUCAAGAGUUCAUUACCAAUACUGAAGAUUUAACACAAACAGUAUUAUCAUGUCAAGAAAUUCAACAUAGUGCUACUUCCAAUGAACAAUUAAUACAAUCAAAAAUCAGGAUUAAUCAAUCAGAACAAUGUACAUUUCCAGCUAAAAAACCAAUAUUAACAACAGCAACAACAUUGAAAGGCGCAAGUUAUUCUGAUGUUGUGAGUAGACAAUUACCAAAACCAACAAAUGAAUCCGUAAAAACUACAGAUUUAUUUAAAAAACAAGCAUAUACAAUAGAAUCAAAGAAAAAUAUCAUUUCACCUAUAAUAACAAUACAAAAACCUACACAAUAUAACAAAACAGCUGAUGAAAUUGAACAAGUUCUUUUGACAAAUACCAUAAAAGAAACAGAACAAUCUGAAGUAUUACUUGAAAAACAAGAACAAUCGGCUACUAUCAUUGAAAAAGAACAUGACACAUCAAUGAUAUCAAAUGGAGAAUGCCAAAUGUCUUCAAACAAAAAUAAUAAAUCAAGACGAUCUAAUGCUAAAAGAAGAAAAUCAAAAAAAUCAUCAGUUACAACUGAAAACUCACCACAACUUAUCACUAAUAAUGAUGAUGAUGAUGAAGAGGAAGAAAUCGAAAUAUCAUUAUCUUCUCAAAAUCUAACAAGUACUAUUCCAAAACAAGAAACAAGUAACAUUAAAUCAGAAAUUGAAAAUUCGUCAACAACACAUAAAAAAUCAUCUAAUGAUAAUACAUCCACAAAUCAUGAAACUUCACAAAAUUCAAGUGCCUUACGAUCUCGUAAACAUAAAAAGAAAACAACAACAACAACAACAGCAACAACAUUAAUCGAAAAAUCUUCAUCUACUAUUAUUCCAAAAACAACAAUGGAAAAUCGAAAUGUAUUUCUUAUUAUAAAAGAAUAUAUACUUACUCGAAAAAUUCUUGCAUUCCUAUGUGUUUUUAUUCUUAUGUUGAUUAAAGCCUUUUUAUUUAAUUAUUCAUUUCAACGUAUAACAAACUAUCGAUGGUUAUCAAAAACUCAUCAACCAUCACUUUUUGAACCCAAAUGGGCAUCAAUAUUUGCUCAAGCAACAACUAAUUCAUAUUUACCAUCAUCAACAGUCAAUAAUAAAAAACCAUUUGUUAUGCUUUUUCCACCACCAAAUGUAACUGGAACUGUUCAUUUGGGUCAUGCAUUAACUACAUCAGUUCAUGAUUGUCUUUUAAGAUGGCAUACAAUGCAACAAAAAUCAUAUGUUCGUUGUGUACCAGGUUAUGAUCAUGCUGGUAUUGCAACACAGGUUAUAGUUGAAAAACAUAUAGCACCUCAAACACGUGAACAAUUAGGUAGAGAAAAAUUUCUUGAAGAAUGUUAUCAAUGGUCUUCAACUUAUCGUCAAACAAUUGAAACACAAUUAAAACGUUUAUGUCCAUUAUUCGAUUGGUCAAAUGCUUAUUUUACUAUGGAUAAAAAUCUUGUUGAAUAUGUACGUGAUUCAUUUUUACGUUUAUAUAAUGAUGGUCUAAUUUAUCGUGAUCGACGUAUUGUUAAUUGGUGUUGUCAGCUUCAAUCAGUUGUUAGUGAUAUUGAAGUUGAUUCAAAAGAAAUAAAUGGACGAGAAAAUUUUUCAAUACCUGGAUAUUCAAAAGAUAUUGAAUUAGGUAUACUUUAUAAUAUUGCAUAUAAAAUUAUUGAUGAACAACAAGAUAAAGAAAUUAUUGUUAGUACAACACGACCAGAAACAAUUUUAGCUGAUACAGGUAUUGCUGUUCAUCCAAAUGAUCUUCGUUAUAUAUUAUUAAAAAAUAAAUUUGUUCAAAAUCCAUUUGAUCCUCAAGAUCGAUUACCAAUUAUAUUUGAUGAAAGUGUUGAUCAAAAUUUUGGUACUGGUGCAGUUAAAUUAACACCAGGUCAUGAUGCAUUUGAUUAUACAUUAGCUAUGAAAUAUAAACUUGAAAUUCGAACUAUGUUAAAUGAUCAAGGUCAUGUACAACUUGAUUUAAAUCAUCCAUAUUAUCGUGAAUUAAAUAAUUUACAUCGUUAUGAUGCACGUGAAAAAGUACUGCAAUUACUUGAAAAUAAAGGAUUAAGACGAGGAGAAAAACAACAAGAAAAAAUGAUUGUACCUCUAUGUAGUCGAACAGGCGAUAUUAUUGAACCAAUGGUUAAAGAACAAUGGUUUCUUAAUACAACUGAAAUGUGUCGUCAAGCUUCAGCCAUUGUUGAUAAUGACGCUCUAAAAUUAACACCAUCGUCGACUUGUAAAGUAUGGAAAUAUUGGCUUGAUAAUGCACGACCAUGGUGUUUAUCAAGACAACUUUGGUGGGGACAUUCAAUACCUAUGUAUCGAUGCUCAAUAAAUAAUAAAUCAUCUGAAUAUAAAUGGAUUGGUGCAAAAUCACUUGAAGAAGCAAAAAUAAAAGCUAGUGAAUUAUUUCCAGAUAUUCCAUCAAAUUCAAUUCAUAUUGAACAAGAUCAAGAUGUACUUGAUACAUGGUUUUCAUCAGGUUUAUUACCAAUAUCAAUAUUUAAUAAAAACAAUUCACAAGAAUUUCCAACAACAUUACUUGAAACUGGUUAUGAUAUAAUGUUCUUUUGGGUUGCUCGUAUGGUUAUGCUUAGUCUUAAACUAACAAAUCAAUUACCAUUUCAUGAAGUUCUAUUUCAUGGAUUAAUUUGUGAUCCAAAUGGGAAAAAAAUGUCAAAAUCAUUAGGUAAUAUAAUUGAUCCAAUGGAUGUUGUUAAUGGAAUAAGUCUUCAAUCAUUACAAAAACGUCUUGAACAAUCACACUUGUCACGUAAUGAAAUUGAACGAGCUAAACAUGCACAAGCAAUUCAAUAUCCGUCAGGUAUUGAACCAAUUGGAUCUGAUGGUCUUCGUCUUUGUCUUUUAUCUCAUGAUAUAUUUCAACAAUCAAUACGUUUUGAUCCAACACAAUUCGAUUAUGUUGCACGUUAUUGUAAUAAAUUUUGGAAUGCUUAUAAAUAUGUAAAAGAAUUUGCCUUAGCUGAUAUGAAUCUUCAUCAUGAUAAUAUAUCAAAUAUAAAUUAUGAACAAAUAGAAAAAUUAGUAGAAAAUCGUCUUGUUGAUCGUUGGAUAUUAAAUGAAUUAAAUAAAACAAUAGGAAAAGUAAAUGAAUGUUUACAUAAUUAUACAUUUCAUUUAGCUGUUGUUCGUUUACGUGAUUCAUUUAUAAAAGAUUUUUGUGAUUUUUAUAUUGAAUUUAGUAAAAUUCCUAUAAAACAACAAUCAAACGAUGAUAAUAGAAAAUCAAAUAUUCAGAUAUUACUUUAUUAUUUACUUAAGCAAUAUCUUAUUCUUUAUCAUCCAUUUUUACCAGCUAUGACAGAAGAAUUAUGGCAAGAUUUAACAAACGGAAAACAAGGUUAUCUUAUUCAUCAAUUAUAUCCAAUCAUGAAAAAAAUUGAAAAUAUUAAUCCAAUUGACUCUCAAGUAAUACAAAUUAUUCGUUUAAUAUUAAAAAAUGCUACAUAUUUCAAACAAAUGCUUCGUUUAUUACGUGAUUCUGAUAUUAUCAUUCAUUUUUCUAAUCAAGAUCAAGAAGAUUUAUCCACACAUAUAGAAACUUAUUUAACAGAAAUCCGUACAAUAACACGAUUAAAUAAUAUUCAUAUUUGUCGCUCUUCAUCAUCAUUGAAUAAUUCUUUUAAAUUAUCAAAAUUUUCAUUUCGUGAUUAUAUAACUGAUAAUAUAGACCUUAUAUUUAAUUUAAAUGAUAAUAAACAAUCAAGAGAACUUGUUCAAAAACAUGAAGAACGAUUAAGUAAACAAGUUGAUAAAUUACAUGAUGAUAUAGGUGUUAAUGAGUUAGCUACGAAAUUUUAUCAAGAUAAUAAUGAUUUUGAAAAUAUUGAACGUGAACAACGUCGACGUGAAACUUUAAUUGAAGAUCUUAAACUAACUCAACGAAGACAUGAAAGAUUUGUUGAAUUAGCUCAAAAACGAACUAUUAUUGAAAAAAAGAAUAAAAAUGAAAAAAAAUCAUAG